AUAAAUUUCUUAUUUCAAGCAUAGACACAAUUUAUUCAUUCCAGAAAAAAUGCAACCCAGAAUUCUUCAUUUUCUGAAAUCCAAUAAAAUUAAAAUCUUGUCAAAACCAAAACUCCUAAUUAUCCAACAAUCACUUUCAAGAUUUCAAAUCUUUCACAAUCAAACCCGCCAAACUUGCAGUGAACCCAUUAACGAAUAUGACUCCUCGAUCAUAAACACAAAAUCCCUUCAAGUCCAAACCCUGCUAAACCAAACCAACAACCCUAAAAACGAUAUCGAAAAAGCACUGACUGAAUUAAAACUGUCACUAAAUGAAGAGCUAGUACUUAAUGUAUUACGUAGAAAUCGUUCUGACUGGAAACUAGCAUAUAAUUUCUUCAAAUGGGUGUCUAAUGCAAGUGGGUAUUCACCCAGAACGGGUUCUUAUAACGAAAUGCUCGACAUUUUAGGCCGAAUGAAGCGUUUUCAAGAAGUGACCCAACUGCUCGACGAAAUGUCUAAGAGAAGUGAAAGUUUGAUAAAUGAGAGAACUUAUGGCAUAGUGGUGAAUAGAUAUGCUGCAGCUCAUAUGAUAGAGGAAGCUACUGAGUUUUUUUAUAAAAGGAGAGAGUUUGGGCUCGAGCUUGACUUGAUAGCGUUUCAGACGCUUUUGUUGUCGUUGUGUCGGUAUAAGCAUGUUGAGGCUGCAGAGUUUUUGUAUCACUCGAAAAAGAAUGAGUUUAGGCAUAAUAUAAAGACUAUGAACAUUAUACUAAAUGGAUGGUGUGUUUUAGGUAGUUUGCGUGAAGCGAAGAGGUUUUGGAAAGACAUUGUUACAUCUAAACAUAAACCGGAUAGGUUCACGUACGGGAUUUUUAUUAAUUCUUUGUCUAAAGCGGGUAAGAUUAGUACCGCGGUUAAGUUGUUUGAAGAAAUGUGGGAAAAAGGGUGUACCCCGGAUGUGGCUAUUUGUAAUUGUAUAAUCGACGGGUUGUGUUUCAAGAAAAGGAUCCCUGAAGCUCUUGAAGUAUUUAGGGAAAUGAAUGAACGAGAUUGUUGUCCGGAUGUUGCUACUUACAAUUCUUUGAUCAAGCAUUUAUGCAAGAUUCAAAGAAUGGAAAAGGUGGGUGACCUUUUGGAUGAGAUGGCGCGGAAGGGUGGAGCUUGUUUGCCGAAUGCUAGGACUUAUGGGUACUUGUUGAAUUGUGCAAAGAAGCCGGAGGAGGUUGUGAAGAUCUUGGAGAUUAUGGAAAGAAAUGGUUGUAAGAUGAUGGCCGAUACUUAUAACUUGAUGUUGAGGCUUUUUAUGGGGUGGGACGAUAAAGAGAGAGUGAAAUCGACGUGGGUUGAGAUGGAGAAGAAUGGGUUAGGGCCCGACCAAAGGUCGUAUACUAUUAUGGUGCACGGGCUUUAUGAUAAGGGACAGUUAGAGGAAGCUUUGAUGUAUUACAAGGAGAUGAUAUCAAAGGGAAUGGUUUCGGAGCCAAGGACCAAGAUAUUAGUUGAUGCCAUUAACAUCAAGAUGGAAAACAAAGAUUAUAAGGUGACCAAAACAUCUAGUUUCAAGUAAUGCUUAUUCUCGGUUUUUUAGCUCUCAUUUUGUAUAGAUACUAGUUAUUGGUUUUAGUAUCUAUCUAUCGAUUCUGUUCAAUGUUCUUACACUGCUAUAUAGAGGAUUCCAUGAGAAUUUGCAACCA